AUGUCCGAUCAUGAAGGCGAUGUUGUGUUGAGAGUGCCGGCAAUCAAGUGCGACCGGAAGACGCCAUGCAACAGCUGUAUUGCGUCCCAAAUACCCUGUCGUACCACCAAGCGCGCCCCCGAGAAGAAGCAACGCGUAUUGCUCUCAAGCAAAUACGAUGAGGGUAUCGCCAGUGUCAACCGCAAGCUCGAGGACCUCUCGGCAGCUCUGCAAAACAUCCUUGCCAUGAACUCCAGCGCCAACGUGAACCAAAAGCCACCGUCCGAACCGCCCCAUCAGCUGCCAGAGGGAGUCAUCAGCAGUCAGGAACAAGAAGUCGAGCUUCCCUACGAAGGCGACCUAUCUUUCAUCGCACAAUCCCGCCAGAUCACGGAGUCCCUGGGUGUAGCUCUCGCGUCCGCCUCUCCGAGCGACUCUGAUCGAGGGAGCGCUUCAAGCAUUGAUCAAACCGUGGUGCAGAAGCUUCUGCAAGAUGUGGCAGCGGCGAGUGCUAAGUCCCCCCCUCAGGACUCGCCCAGCCAGCAGCCCUUUUCUCAGUACCCAGAACUCGCCGGUCUCAUACUCCCACCCAUGUCUCUUGUGCUUAAGCUCUUGAAGAUCGCAAGGAUGACUGUGCAGCGCUGGCUCAUCGAGCAUCAGAUUAUGCGUUAUGACGAUUUUGCCCGCGUCUGCCAAAAAGUCUACUUUCCAAUGGAAGAGUACUCCAUCUACACUUGGAUCAUAGUCAAUGGGGGACUUUUCAACCUGUUCCGCGAUGUCGAUAACAAGCUGCCCGAGCAUCUCGGCAUCACCAGAGCAGAACUGAAUGCUCACCAGCAGCUCUGUCGGAAAAACGUCGACACGGCAGUCCAUUCUCUCCGACUCUGUGUCGAGCCUUCACUCGAAGCGUGCCAGUCCAUCAUUAUUGGCGCGUCUCUGGCCAUGGAAUAUGGUCAGGCUUCCUCUGCAUGGAGGCUGACCUGCACUGCGGCUCGGAUGUGCCUCGACCUUGGUCUUCAUCGGUUGCCCAGCGGAGAUGACAAUGACGGCCGUCGAAAACGACUCACGUUCUGGUACGUCUACACCAUGGACAAAGGCUUGGCUUUCAACUUUGGCCGGACCCCAAACGUUCAUGAUUACGACAUCACUGUCGACCGACCAAGCUGGCCAGCUGAUCUCGGCGGUGACCUGGAUGAUAAGUCCUGGGGCACAAUGUUCUUGGCCAUGGUAGAAUUUGCCGUUUUGCAGGGCGACAUAUAUGAACAACUCUUCUCAGUAUCGGCCCAACGGCAGCCAGUCGAAGUCCGUUCGGAGCGAGCCAGGACAUUUGUACAGAAGCUCGAGAUCGCCAAUGUCAAAGACAUACCCUGGCUAGAGCAAGCCAAGUUCUCGGUUCUAACGUCGGAGAUGUUCAUCGAGUGCCUUCUCGCCAUCGUGUAUCGUGUCAUACCUCCCAAACAACCUGCGCAUCCGUUGCAAUCCUGCGAUGAGGCGGUUCACAGCUCGCGCAAGGCUCUGGCGCUCCUGUUCGAAGCGUGGAACAUCGUCAAAGAGGAGCCGCCCGAGAACUGGGUCCUCUUCAUCAACUGCACACUGCUCUUUGUGCCAUUUGUGCCCAUCAUCGUGAUAUUCGGAAAUACAAUUGCACAGCGCAACCACGGAGACCUGGCUUUGCUCCGAGAUGUGGUGUCGGUACUAGAUGGGGCCGCACUGAAGUCGUCGGCAUGCUUGAAACUACGCAACGCUUGCUCGAACUUCACCAAGAUCGCCGAGACUCUACUGGCUCAAGAUCUGGGCAGUACGCCCAUCAAGGACGAUAGCAGUCAGCCUUCGCCCCAAAUGGCAGAUCCCUAUGCGAUGCACUACCAAUCGAUGCCGGACUUCCCCAUGUCGCAGUCCGAUUGGGAUGGCAUGUUGAAUGAAUUCGACCUCGGUCUAGGCGUGGAAAGUGCCAGAGAGAUGACCUCGUACUUUGAGCCGUUUCUCAGCGGCAACAACAACUUCAACUAG